GUAAAAUGCAAACUUCCCAUGUAAAUGAAACUCUCUCUCUCGCGCGCGAGCUUGAAAAUAAGGUGAAACUUUCUGUUUGAACAGCUUUGUUUUUGUUCAGGAUUCCAUGGUUGGUUCUUGUGGGUUCUUUCUCUUCUGUUUCAUCAAAAAAUCAAGAUAGAGUUGUUAUUGAGACAAGUGGGGAAAUUUUGUGUAAGUUUCUUCGUUGAGAUAUAUGAUAACAAGAUGAUAUGUGGUAGAAAAGAUAUAAUUGAUGCGAUCACACCUUUACUAAAGCUACUCUGCCUUGCACUAAUCGGCCUAGUUCUUGCACAUCAAAGGACUCAAAUCGUCCCGAAAGCUACGUUCAAGCUACUCAGCAAGCUCGUGUUUGCUCUUUUCUUGCCCUGCCUAAUCUUUGUCCAUUUGGGGCAAUUCAUUACCCUUGAGAACAUUAAGCAAUGGUGGUUUAUUCCUGUUAACGUGUUGGUGAGUACAGCGGUCGGUUUUGGCUUGGGGGUAUUAGUUGUAGUGAUAUGCCAACCACCUACGCAAUACACUCGAUUUGCUAUCAUAAUGACAGCAUUUGGGAAUACUGGAAAUUUACCUAUUGCCAUAGUUGGCUCCGUUUGUCAUGAUGAGGAGAAUCUGUUUGGACCUGACUGCAGGAAGAAAGGGGUGGCUUAUGUCUCUUUUGCUCAAUGGGUUGCUGUGAUCCUUGUGUAUACUCUCGUUUAUCACAUGAUGGAGCCUCCGCUUAGGUAUUGUGAUUUAGUCGAAGAUGUGGCUGAGGAUCACGAGCAACGACCGUCUGAUCAGUUGUGUAGACCUCUACUUGUAGAAGCUGAAUGGCCAGGUAUUGAAGAUAAAGAAACUGAAAAUUGCAAGAUUCCUUUCAUUGCAACGAUCGACAUCCCAGAAAAAGAACAAGUAAAUGAAAAUGGGAACACCCUGAGGACCAUAGGUUGUAUCAACGCUCCUACAGUUGUCAAGAAGAUGAAAAUUAUUGCUGAGCAGACUCCAAUCCAGCACAUACUUCAGCCGCCAACCGUUGCAUCCCUGUUAGCCAUUCUAGUCGGCAUGGUUCCUCAGAUAAAAGUGCUUGUCUUCGGGUAUGAUGCUCCACUAGCUGUGAUCUCCGACAGUUUGGAGAUCUUGGCCGGUGCUAUGGUCCCGUCCGUAAUGCUAAUUCUUGGAGGCAUGCUUGCUGAGGGUCCAGACAACUCCAAACUUGGUAUUCGCACGACUAUUGGCAUAAUUCUGGCAAGACUGCUAGUGCUUCCUCUUAUUGGGAUAGGGAUUGUGGUGCUGUCCGAGAAGCUUCAUAUUCUUGUAGAUGGUGAUCAAAUGUAUAAGUUUGUGAUUUUACUGCAGUAUACAAUGCCGAGUGCGAUCUUACUCGGAGCAAUUGCCAGUUUGAGGGGUUACGCAGUCAGUGAAUCGUCAGCGCUUCUUUUCUGGCAGCACUUGUUUGCGGUCUUCUCCCUCUCAUUCUAUGUUGUCAUAUACUUUAAGGUCCUCUUAUAGUUUCAGCAGUAAGGUGGCUGUAAGAGAUUUGCAUGUAUUUCAAAUUUUCGACAUUUAUGAACAUCUUUGAUAUAUUGUCACAAUGCUA